GCGUGCGGUGCCAGGUGCGGCCGUGGCGCCCCCAGCCGGGCGGGGGCGCGGCGCUGGGAUCUGUCUGCGGGCGCCCGGCGGAGAUGGGAGCGGGCUGCGCGUGCAGGGGCGGAGAAGCGUCGCGGUGUGGGGCAAGUUUCCUGGGUUGGAAUCCAUCCGGGGCGCCAAGUGCGGCGCAGAGCCGGAUGGACUCCAGCGGCAGCUAAGCCGGUGCCCCCCCGCGCGAGUUGGCCGCGGACCCGGACGGGAGCUGCUCUUCGGGAAGACCAGGGUUGCAACUUCGCCCGCGGGCGCUGGGAGUUGGGCCUGGCCGGGGGUGCUCGGGCUCGCGUGCUCGUCCCCGCCGCCUUGGAGUUCCCGGUGCUCGGAGCCACCAGAGUGACCCCGUGCGCGCGGCAGGGCGCCGGAGCCUUCGCGGCGUUCCCUUGCCUUGCCGCUCGAUCGCACUCAAGCUGGUGUCAUUCUGCUGGGACACCGUGCUAAAGGGCCGUCUGCACAGUAGGGAAGGUUUUCCUUUCAGUGGCGAGUAAGUAGUUUUUUGGCGAAGUCCUCAGGGGAGAGCAGAAACCCAGUAUGCGAGAGAGGACAGACUUUGCGCCCAUUCCUCCCAUGCAUGCGGCGAUCUGAGCAACGCGGAGCCGGCGGGGCCCUGCGGCUGCCCUGUGUCUGCGAUCGGGCUAGGCUGCUGGGCUCUGCCGCGAUUUUCUGCGUGGCCUGAAGAGUUUCUGGGAGGAGUUGUGGCCCCGUACGAGCCUCGCCGUGCACCCAGCCUUCCAGCGUCGAUGCACGGCCCACCCUUCCCUCUGUGUGAUCGCGGCGUCCCCGCAGCCUCCUCGCUUGGAGCUGCCAGCCUUGCCGCGGCUGCGCGCCCCCGGUGAGCUCCUGGCCAGUGGCUCAGAGUCUGUGAACAAUUUCAGGGAUUGUGGAAACCAGAGCAGUGGGUAAAGCAGGCGCGUAGGACGCUGGAGUUGUACAACCCCCUCGAAUGGGAUCGCUCGUGCCCCCCCAGGAGGAGGGUAGGGUGCCAGAGAGUGGCGCGUCUGCAGAAACAGCACAUUCACAGAUUUCAUCGGAGCCCGGAGGGAAAGCCUCAAAUGUCUGAGCUGACCCGAAGUUUCAGUGUCAUCAGCCAACUUUCCAAACCCUAGGUCAUGGAGGCCAGUCAGGAGGCGUCACUCUUCCUGGUGAAGAUCUUAGAGGAGCUGGACAGCAAGCAGAACACCGUGUCCUACCAGGACCUGUGCAGGUCUCUGUGCACCCGCUUUGAUUUGUCCCAGCUCACCAAACUGAGAAGCAUGCUUUACUACACAGCUUGUCUUGACCCCAACUUCCCAGCCACUUUAUUCAAAGACAAGAUGAAAUCCACUGUGAAUAACCAGCAGUCAAAGAAGAUCAUGGUGGCGGCAGACAUUGUGACAAUAUCCAACCUGAUCCAGAUGAGUGGAGGUGCCGCCAAGGAGAAGCUGCCCCCGGGCCGCCCCAAGGUGCACAAAAAGGGGGCCUCCUUCGAAUCGUGCAGAACGGACACGGAGGUUUGUGAUGCAGCCGAGUGUGCGCCCCUGACCUGUGACCUGAGUGAGAGGCCCUUCAGCCGUGGCUACCCAACCCGGCAGUCAGCCAGGUGCCGGCAAAGGGACUGCAAGGACUGUCCACAGUUCAUCCCUGCGUCCGAGCCCAACUUCCUACUGGGUGUCAGCAAAGAGGGGAAGAGCAGGGCCGCCUCCCUCGACAGACUCCAGGCUCUGGCACCGUACUCGGUGGCCAGCCCACAGCCCUGCGAGAUGCAGAGGACGUACUUCCCCAUGAACCUGGAGAGUGAGUCCACAUCAGACCAGGAGCCCCUGCCCAUCAGCCAGGGCCUGAAGGAGACCUUCAGCCCCCCAGAGGAGUCCUUUGUGGUCCCGUCCUGCGUGCAGAAAAGGAACAUCUUCAAGGAGGACUUUCACAACCUCAUGCCAGUGUCUCCCAGCUUGGUUGGCCCAGACAACAAGGCCAAGGGGGAGCACAGGGUCCCCCAGGGCCGCAAGGAGCCCCACAAACCACCCUUCUUCAAUCACAGCUUCGAGAUGCCCUACCACAGCCAGUACCUGAACCCCAUGUACUCCCCUGUGCCUGACAAGCGUCGGGCAAAGCACGAGAGCUUGGAUGACCUCCAAGCCUCCACCUACUUUGGACCUACUCCGGUGAUGGGGACCCAGGACCCCAGACACUGUCUGGGGAGGCCCAGCAAGCAGACUGGAGAGUCAAGAGCUGCAGCCUGGCCAGUCAAGAGCUGGAGCCUGAACACUGAGGAGGUCCCAGACUUUGCGCGGUCCUUUUUCAACAGAAAUCCCUCUGAGGAGAAGCUACACUACUCAAACCCCAACAGCCAGACCCCCAAUUUCUCAGCCCCAGACAGGCGCCCAGCUUACUUGGUGCCCAGUGAUCCACAGCAGAUUCUACCUGUUGGCUAUACAGCCAAGGUGAAUGGGCUCAAACCCAAAGAGCUCUCACCCACCAUCGAGCUGGAGAAGCACGAACCAGCAAAGAAGUUCAAGGACAAGGGCAUCGGCUGUGCCAGUCGGCAGGUCAGCUCUGAUACCAGCAGUGUGGGCACCCAGACAGAGCAGCACACACUGGAGCCCAAGAAAUGCAAAGAGCUGUGCUCCAUGGCCCAGGGCAAGUAUGGGGACAGACACUCCGGGAAGCACUCAGACGAUGACUCUGAGGUUGUCAGUGACGAUAUCAGUGAUAUCUUCCGAUUUCUCGAUGACAUGAGUGUCAGCGGCUCCACUGGCCUGAUACAGUCGUCCUGCUACAACAGCACUGGGUCCCUGUCUCAGCUGCACAAGUCGGACUGUGACAGUUCCCCAGAGCACAACCUCAGCAGAAUCACCAGCAGGGCCCCCAGCAGCAAGGCAGACAAGGGCAGCCGGCCUGAGAACCCGCACCGCUCAGAGGAGGAGCUGAAGACCAGUGUGUGCAAGCUGGUGCUCAGGAUUGGCGAGAUCGAGCGGAAGCUCGAGUCGCUGUCGGGCGUCCGAGAGGAGAUCUCCCAGGUUCUCGGCAAGCUGAACAAGCUGGAUCAGAAGAUGCAGGAGCCAGAGCAGGUACACGUGCACGUGGAUCUGAACAGUUUGACCAGUGAGGCCCAGUCUGAUGACAGCACCUCCCCCAGGGUGUUCCGUGCCCAUGACAGCACCCACACACCCAAGCUGGAGCCCAGCACAGAGUGGUGCUGCUCGGAUGCCAGCGGCAGCAACAGUGAAAGCCUGCGAGUCAAGGCCUUAAAGAAAAGCUUGUUCACUCGGCCGUCAUCCAGGUCCCUGACAGAGGAGAACAGUGCCACUGAGUCCAAAAUCGCCAGCAUCUCCAACUCCCCCCGGGACUGGCGCACCAUCACCUACACCGGCCGCAUGGGGCCCAGCCAGGAGGAGGUGAAGGACGCUGGAACAGAAGACACCAAGGACUGGCACUGGAAAUCCAAAGAGGCCGACAGGCAGUACGACGUCCCCCCGCAGCACCGCCUGCCCAAGCAGCCCAAGGACGGCUUCCUCGUGGAGCAGGUGUUCAGCCCUCACCCGUACCCCUCCUCCCUCAAGGCCCACAUGAAAAGCAACCCCCUGUACACGGACAUGCGGCUGACGGAGCUGGCAGAGGUGCGGCGGGCGCAGCCCUCCUGGACGGUGGAGGAGUAUGCACGUAAUGCGGGUGACAAGGGCAAGCUGGCGGCUCUGGACCUGCAGACACAAGAAUCUUUAAAUCCAAACAACUUAGAGUAUUGGAUGGAAGACAUUUAUACUCCAGGCUAUGAUUCACUCCUGAAACGGAAAGAAGCUGAAUUCAGACGAGCCAAGGUCUGCAAGAUAGCUGCUCUGAUCGCGGCUGCUACGUGCACCGUCAUCCUGGUCAUUGUCGUGCCCAUCUGCACCAUGAAGUCGUGAGCCCGUGGACCCACGCUGUGUGAGGCUUACGCAGCUGGUGCCCUCCUCUGUGUUUUAGAAGCUUGCAACAGUGUGGCCACAGUUUAGUGAAAUGAAGAUGGUCUUCAGAGCGCACAUACUCUAGCAAGACAUCUACCUACUUAUUAGCUUCGAUGUAAUUACACUCGACGAAUUUUUAGAAGUGCAAUAUCUUUUCCUACCAAAAGAAUGUAAUGGACUAUCAGUGAAUCCAAAUUGAACAUUCUGAGCAAGAAAAAAGAAGAUAAAUUGGGUUCUUCCCAUUUGGUGAUGUUUCAGGCGGGUUUAAAUUAUACAGAGGGUAUUUAAUGUGUCCUUGGACAGGCUAGGAGAUGGGGAGAAGACCAGGGGCGGGCUGUUGGCCUGCCCCCAGCGGCCACUGCUGGUGAAGAGCAGGCUGUGUGUUCUGCCAGGACCUGACCUCUCACUGACUUCUCAAGGGCUGCUGACUUCCCGCCUGCCCUUCUCUCACUACUGUGGUGGCAGAGUCUGCCUUGCUGCAGUCUUCAUGGCACAGGCUGGACCUUCCUCCUUGUGCCCAGGGGCAGAAGGAGUGGGCUUGCCAAGCAGAGUAUGACCCAAAAUGUGCUGUCUGCAUAACAGGCUAAGUACCUGGGCCUGGAGGCCUUUUGGUUCCCAACCCAUGAUAUGCAGUGGCUGCUUGCUGCUGGUGGGACUUGGGAAGCAUCUCAGAAGUCAGAGCCACCCCCAAGGAAGCGCCCUCCUCCCUUCGCCAUGUGGCCCCACGCCUUGACUCUCCCAGUGGUAGCAGAUGCUCUCCUCUGAAGACUUUGGAACUUGUCCUUGUGCCUUGAAGAGCAGAAACAAUGGCAGAAUGUCGACAUUAUAACCAUGGUUUUCAUGGCUUUCCCAAUGGCUUUAAGAUGUUGAAAGCUUGUUCAACAAUAUGAUACUAGCACUGAGGUCUUCUUAACUACCCAGCACCUACUCAACAGUUUGGAGCACUUGUCAGCAGUGCAAAAAAAUAGUGUCUAUUUAACCAUUUAUCUAGCUACACAUCUGUCUGGGUCCCUAAUUUUCAUUUAUGUCUUCUCCGGUAAGUAACUGGAGAACAGGGUUUUCCAGUAUAUAGGAAGCUGCUGUAAUUUCAUCAGAGGGUGAUCGGGCUUCCACCUGCAGAAUGGUGCUCAGAUAAUGACCAGAUAGAGCAAGCCCUCACCAACAUCUGCAUUUCAUGUCUCGUUACAUGUUAAAGAAGAGAUGAUUGACAGAAACUAGCAACCUUAAAUUCUUCUGAUAACCAAGUAGGAUAUACAUUCAUUUUGACAGAAUAGUCAUUCUGGAUGGAAUGAUAAAUUCCUGUAGGUGGGAUUUGGGAAGCAUCUCAAAUUUUAAAGCAAUAGGAUUCCAGCAUUCCUCGUAAACAAUCUCAAGCAGUGCUUAGCUUGCUGCAUCUCAUCCAUUGUCCACUCUGAAGGGGUAGUCAGCACAGUUUUUGAUGUUAACAAAGGAUGGGUGCCAUCAUCUCUAGGAACCUUUAUGUCAGAGGUCUUCGUUGUCUAUUUCUAGUUUCAUGUUUAUAUGUGGAUUUUCCAUUAGGUGACUGAAGCUUAAGCCUUAGGGUGGAGGAUUUAUAAUUGACAGUGAAAAAAUUUAUCCAUAUAUUAUUGCCUGUUGUCAGAGUGUGAGUCCUCUGGUGCUCUGUUUUAGAUGAGGCACAUUAAAUAAGGUUGCUUCUUUUACUCCAAAGAAGGUACCAGUUGACACCUUUGAGAGUUGCUCUCUGCCUUCAGCAGUGAGACUGCACUGUAUUCUGAUCCUGCUGCUGCUGCUGUUUAUCACAGAUUAAGCUGUCGAGGAUAGAGAGAGUAGUUCCCAACCUCUUGCUCUGUGGUUUGCAGAACAGCAUAGAUGUGCUCACCUGGGAUAAGGAAAGUCUUACCGCACCCCAGCCUGACUUCUCCUCCAUCUGGCGGUGGGAUCUUGGGGGCUGGACCAAACUACUUCAUCACUGCCCAUGGGCGAAACUGCUCCUACUGGGACUCGUGCCUAGUUGCCCCCUAGGGGAAGGAGAAGCCCCACCUCAAACGUGGAAGUGGGAGGGCACUACAGAGUUUUCCUCUGCCCUUUUUAUAUCUCGGGAGGUAGUCAGAGAAAGGCAGUCUUGCUCUAAGUGCAGAAUGACUAUAAAAUUCAGCUCACCAUCUGGCUGCAUCUGGCAACAUCUAGACCUGGUGAUGCCUUGGGAGAGCAGAUUACAGGACCAAAGAGGAGGUGGGCACCAUGUCUGAUGCUGAAGGAUGGACUUUGGCUAUUUGCUGGGCUCCUGGGCACCUUCUAUACAAGGUGAAGUUCAAACUUGGGCUCGUUCUCCUUUAACCCAAGCUUGCUCCACCCUGCGUCCCCUGGGCUCUGUGGCAUUGUUACAUAAAACAAUUUCUUCUAUUCAAAUCUCAUAUUCAACACAAUCAAAAUUCAUAUCAUUUUUCUUGCAUUUUAAAAAGUAAACAAUCAGGUGGUAUUAUUGAAUUGGAUUAAUUUGAAAGCAAAUGUCCUUAGCCAAUGACUAAAUUCAGAAUUAAUAUGUCCUCUUUUCUAAUACGAUUUUGUUGGGAACAUGGCCUCACAGGAAAGGCAAAAAGAAAGAAAGAAAAUUUCCCAGCUCACACAUUUCAGAAAUUUUACCCCAGGACUGUCUGUUUAAGCUGGAAAUAAGGUGAAGCUGAUCACACUCAUGUCACCCGUGACUCGCUGCUCAUAAGUACUUUAGGGCAUGCAGCUCAGUGCCUGAUAUCUGCAAUGGUAGUUUAUCCAUGUGUUAAAUCAUUAUCCUAGAUAUCUGUGCCAUAGCCUGUACCCUUACUGGAAUCCAGGCAGUGUGGGGUUUUUUGUUUGUUUGUUUACAGUAACAUUUCAUUGUUUGUUUUUAAACAAAAAACCCUCUGCCAACAGUAAAAGAUUCUAUUAAGUGGUAUAAAAAUUUGUGAAUGUUGAAAUUCAAUGUGCUUCAUAUUAUAACCAACCUGCAAGAAUCUUGUGACCAAUUGUGUGAAUACCAAAUCAAUAUAUACUAUAUAUUGUACCACAGAAAUUUGCAUUUAAAAGCAGAGAUACAAGUGAUUGUUGGCAUACCUGGGGAAAAGGGUAUUAGCUGUUUAUUCAGUAACACUGAGAAAUGCAACAAACUUCCUUAUUUAUGCCUUAUGAACAAAAGAGUGUGAAACACAAGGUGAAGUUUGAUGUGUAAGACCCUCCGGGGUGGGUGUCCUUGAAGGCAGGGACCUUGUCUUUUCUGCGUCUGUUCUGUACAGUUCUCAGCACACUCUUGGUGCUUGAUAAACGUUAUAUAAUACCAAUAACUAAGCACAUUUUUAGAUCCUUUUUCAAAUGGCUUGUGUAAAAUUUGCUUAAUGUACAAUGGUUGGUUUGAAGCUAUCAUGUAAAAUCUGCCUCUCCAAAUAUAAUCAAAAUAAACUGGAAAGUAUAAAAUAUCUUGCA